CCCACUCAGGACGACUAAUCUAUCCAGCGUUAAUAGCUCACUCGCACACGUGCAGAUUCCACUGAUGUUCACGAGUGAAUCAUUAACUGAGCUGCUGCAAUGAUCACAGCGGGCUGUUGUUUAAGCGUCUGUUUGCAGUCUGACUGGGUUUGUGCAGUGCAGAUUCAUUAUGGCAGCUCUGCGUGCGGCAAAACAAGCUUUGAGAAGAGAAAUCAAGGGUCGAGUGGCUGCAGUGAGUGAUCAGGAGAAACUAAGACAGUCUCGAGUUGUCUCGCAAAAGUUGUUCAGGCAUCCCAAAUACCUGUCCAGCCAGCGUGUGGCUGUCUUCCUGAACAUGCAUGAUGAGGUGCGCACAGAAGACAUCCUCCAGGACAUCUUCAAGAGGGGGAAAGUCUGCUUCAUUCCCAGAUACUUCACCAAGAGCAGUCGUAUGGACAUGUUACGACUCAAGGACAUGGAGGAGGUGAAGACGCUGCCCCUCACGUCCUGGAACAUCCGGCAGCCAGCAGAUGAGGACCACGACCGAGAGGAAGCCCUGACCACAGGUGGGAUAGACCUACCCUCAAAACUCUUGUUUAUUUAG